CAUGUGACUGAUACCCCUUCUCCGCAGGUUGACGAGCCGUGGUCCUGCCUACCUGCCGCCGUUGCCCCGCUCCCAUUAGAACGCGGACUCUCGCGGCAGGUGCACCAAGUGCCACUCCGUUGGUCCCGUGUUCGGUAUUCUAUUUUCCCGCAUUUUCGCACGACAUUCGUUCGGUUAAAUCAUUAACGCAUUCGGUAACGACGCACAAUCACAAGUGAAAUUUCACCUACCGCGGCACAACGAAAUACGCUAUUUUCCACGAGUACGAAUUUGUGAAUUUUUUGUUGACACUUGAGUGAGUUGUGUUCAGUUUCUCAAUAAAUUCAAUGUCCAUCUAUCGCUGGUGACGCGACACUCGUGCCUUAUCAGUUCGCACACCUAGCGACUCAAAGAACAACGCAAUACACUUUGUCUCGGUGCAAAACCGCGGGACAACGGUUAUCGCACUGUAGUUAUCUGUCUCUUGGAAACUCUAAACGUGAGUGUUGAGGUUUUUUUUUUUUAUUCAGUGGAUACAUGUGAGGAUCACGAGGCAGUAGGAGAGAAGUUUGUGCCUGCUGCACACGUGCGUCCCCGAUAAGAGGAAUCCGACCUCCGCGGGGAUCUUCGACCUUUUGUGCUGGGGAGAGGUAAAAAUAUUAGCGAGCAUUAGCAGGAGUGAGUGAGGGCCUGGGUUUUUGUUUUGGGGGAGGGGGUGGGGGGGAUUCGGCAGACCCGGGUUCAGGCGAUUGUUGGAGUGUCACUGUCAAACUGGACAUAUUGACUGCUACUUGUGGACAACCCGCGAAGUGGAGAUGUCCGCGCGCCGCUGAGAGAAUGAGGGAGCUGGACACCGAGAGUCCCGUCAUCUGGCCGGCCUGGUGUUAUACUGGUGAGGUAUCAAGCGAGAGUGUAUCUACAGGCACAGUACCACGUGGUGGUGAGCGAGUGGAAGCUGCUGAUCUAGGUAGACACACGGAAAAUUUGGACGAGACAACCCUGGCCGCGAACACAGCGAUUGACGCCAGGGGCGGGAGCCCUCAGGGCGCACAUUUAUCAGGUGCCGUGACACCCAGACCGCCCAGGGGCCGAAGGCGUCAGAAUCAGAACGGCCUCGACACCACCCAGGUAAAGACGGAACGACUCACGCCCGAUAAUAACUCAACGUCAUCGAGAAGCGUGACGCCGUCAUCGUCGAGUCAUCCUGGUACACCACCAAAUGCCGCUGCCCUUGGUGGACCCGACGGCCCACCGGCGCCCCAUCAUCUCAAGCACAUGGAGCAGAUGAUGGGAAGGAAUUACAGUGACUUCAUGAGAAGUCUUGCCGCUAAGUACAACAACGCAAAUCCCAACGAUUACUUCAGCUCGAGGGGCAACGGGUACCCACCGGGUCUCGAUCCCAGGUUUCCAGCUUUUAAGACAGCUGCGACACCCUUUGUCGGGCUGAUGGCACCACUUGGAACACCACAACCACCGACUGUACCUACCACGUCACCCUUGUCCGGUAAGGACAAAGAACCUAAGCAGGACACACUAUUUGGUAAUCCUGUUUUUCCACCGAUGCUGGACAUGUCCUCGACGCAGGCGUUGCUGCACAUGGUCAGGACUGCUAAUGCUGCACAAAACGCCGCUGAACUUGAGACUUAUCUUAAAGGUGCGAAUAAAAGAGACGCAGGGGUGACGAGUCCUCUGGAUCUGUCGUCUCCGGGGGGCUUUGCCCCUCGCAAAAAACCGAGACCAGAAACACGACGAUCGGGUAGUGUGUCACCCAAGCCAAAAGCAACUCCUCGACCGAGCACACCUCCACCAGUCAGAUGUCCCUCACUCUGCGGUCACAUGCCCUGCGGCGACGGCCAAGCUGUCAACCGCUGGACCAUCGAGGACGUCGUUAACUACGUGUCCUCCAUCGAUAUCUGCGCCGAAUAUGCACAGAAUUUCCGAGAGAAUCGUAUCGACGGUACAUCCCUACCUCUUUUAUCGGAGGACCACCUGACGGGCCCAAUGGGCAUGAAAUUGGGUCCAGCAUUGAAGCUCCGAGCAAUGCUCGCCCGAAAGCUCGGUGCUUGCACAGUGUGCCUCCACUGCGCUCACUGCCAUCAAACACCACUUCCUGUGCUGAAUGCAGCAGCAGCUGCUGCAGCCGCUGCAACGGUCAACACUACGCAGACACCCGGAAGACGGCCAAGCAGCACUGGAAACUGACAAACAAUGGCGGAGACUCCGGGUCCCGAUGCCGAUCCAAAUCGUGCAUUGAGAAUCGAGAGACGCGUAUCCCGUCCUGUUCGCAAACCCGAUGUCAUAUUUAAAAAACCCAUCAAACAGUGACCACUAAUUACGGCACGACAUUUUAACGAGGAGACUCCGCCCAAUUUCAGUACCUAAACUAGUUUUUAAUUAGCCUAAUCUAGAUUUAUGCUGAGAGUGCCUACAAAGAGAUGAAUACAAUAUUUUUGAGAAUUUAUUGAGAAAUUUAAAAUUAUUCUGCAUAGUUCUCAUUGAGAAUUAUUUAAAUUUGUAAUGGACGUGUUUUUUUUCAAUUUAUUGGAAAUUUUACUGCUAACAACGACCAAUAAAUAAGAUGGCAUUCAAAGGAAUAGAAGAAGAGAUUAGCUCAUAUGUAUUGUAUUUUUUGUAAAGAAUGAAACGAGUACUUACAUAUUCUAAUGUCUUCCAACGAAUUGACACCAGUCAACUCCACUUCGAGGCAUUUUCAUUGAAAUUUAAUGAGUGAAUACGGUAUACGUGGAUGAGAGUAUAAGGAAUAGCGAGAAACAUGUGCAAUAACAAUAAUUCUUUCGACUCGUUGAAUAAUAUUUCCCUAGGAUACGUACUUGCUCAAAUCGUUGUUUCUUUUAUAUAUUUUAACGAAGUUUUUAUAAUGGACUAUUGUGCGAAUGGAGUGUAAAUCUAAAUUAUAUUUUUGCUAAUAACAUUGUCAAACGGAUCCAACGUGCUCUACUUUACUCAUAAUACGGGGUUCAGGCUAUUCAAGUACUUUUUCUUUUUAUUUUCAGUCACUGAAUUUUUCUGUCAAAUUGUGUCUCUGCAAUUCACAGUUCAAAUAGUAAAAUCAUUGUAACUAAAUGAAGGAUUGAGUACUUGGAUACUCUUGAUACAAUCUACAAGCUAUUUCUUGAAAAUCUGAAAAUGUCAAUUUUACAUAGUUGUAAUUCUCUGAAGAGUUUGUACAUUCACUAUUUUCCAACUUGUAACAAUUUUUAUUUAUUUACUAAGUUAACCGUUGCCUUAUUGUAUUCAACAUAACAGUUUUAAGGUAAUUUGUAACUAGGGGCUGAGACUACGCAAUUGCAUUGAAAGAGGAAGAAUUCGUACACAAAGAGAGCAACUCGUACUGCGAGCAGUAUUUUUAGAUAACAGCAAGGGUUGAUCUGAGAACUGAACGGAAUAACACGUCGAUACAUAUUUUGGUCCGCGGGUGACGUUUCAUGCGUGUCUGGAUCACCAGAAACUAAUUGUACAAAGAUCAGAAAACUUGAGGUUUUCAGAAUUCGAAAAAAAUUGUCGAAACAUUUUUGAGUAGUGACAGGGUGAUACAAACUGAGUCCAUGAUUUUCGAAACUCAUUCUGAAAUAAAUUCACUCUUUUAUUAUUGAGAAAAUAAGAAAGAAAGGAAUAAUUACUCUUAAUGGCUCAUUUCACCACUUCACUACUGAAUAAAUUUCAUAUUUCUCUCGUGUUAUCAAAAAUCCAUCACUUUCUCGAGUUACGAACUAGCGGCUUUUACUUAAAGAAUCACUGUACAUAAUGCUUAAACAUGUUUAUUUAUGUUACUGCUCUCACGAAGGAAAAACAGUUGUAGUAUUGUAAUAUCAGCAUCAUAAACCGAUGAGUGAUGCACGAUUCAUGGAAGGAAAAUUCUUAUUGAGUCACGGUACAUCAGUUUUUCCGCGUAAAAACGAGCAAAAAAAGUUAUGUAGGAAAUAGGGUGGGAAAGAGAGAUUAAACAAAUGAGAAAAAGUGUACAGCUGGGUAAUUACAGCUAUUUUGUGAUAAUGCAGUGUUUUACAUAUGUCCCUCCAUUCUCCCUUUCUCACCAUAUUAUCUUUUCCAAUUCUCCCAUUUCUAAUCGUAUUUAUCGACAUCCUCCUCGAUCUCUCCACCUCAUUACCCCCUUUUAUCAUUUUUUUUGUUUCGUUUAAGUCUGUCAUGUAUUAUUUUGAUGAAUUAACUGUUAUUGAGUAAUGUAUAGGAAAGAUUAAUGGUGAAAAGAGGAAACGGAAAAAAGGAAUGAGGACAACAGUGCAUUGUUUCUGUUAAAAUAAACUUGUUGAAAAAUACUAAAA